AUGGCGAUCUCUUUGCAACUCUGUCAAUUCAACGUACCCCAAUUUCCGGCGGAGAAGGGGCUGUUUCCGCGGCCUAAGCCUUACGUUCUCCGUUGCUCCGCCGCCGGAGAAGCUGCUCCGUUAGACGGCAAAGAGUUCCGUCACAACUUCAUGAGGAGAAACGAUUACAACCGCAGAGGGUUUGGGCAUCAGGACGAAACCCUUGACCGAAUGAACCACGAAUAUGCAGGUGGGGGUAUCAUAAAGAAACUGAAGGAGAAUGGGAAGCAGCAGACGUGGGGGGAAGUAACGGUAAAGCUGGCGGAAGCUCAUGGAAUAUGCUGGGGUGUCGAGCGCGCUGUUCGGAUUGCUUAUGAAGCUAGAAAACAGUUCCCCACACAAAACAUCUGGCUCAAUAAUGAAAUAAUUCACAACCCCACUGUUAAUCAGAGGCUCCAAGAAAUGGGAGUGAGGACUCUUCCAGUCAAGGAGGGGAAGAAACAAUUUGAUCUUAUUGGAAAAGGCGACGUCGUGGUGCUGUCCGCUUUCGGAGCUCCUCUAGAAGAGAUGAAGCUGCUAACUCAAAAAAAUGUUGACAUUGUUGAUACAACUUGUCCAUGGGUAUCCAAGGUUUGGCACACGGUAGAAAAACACAAGAAGGAAGAGUACACAUCAAUAAUCCAUGGCAAAUACGCUCAUGAGGAGACUGUGGCUACUGCUUCAUUUGCCGGCAGCUAUAUCAUUGUCGAGAACAUGGAAGAGGCAACAUACGUAUGUGAUUACAUUUUAGGUGGUGGACUUGAUGGAUCCAGCUCUACUAAAGAGGCAUUUCUUAAGAAAUUCAAAUUUGCGAUAUCCAAGGGGUUCGAUCCUGAUAAAGAUCUUGAAAAGGUAGGAAUUGCGAAUCAAACUACUAUGUUGAAGAGAGACACGGAGAAUAUUGGGAAAUUAGUUGAGAGCAUCAUGAUGCGCAAAUAUGGGGUUGGAAACAUUACAAAACACUUCAAAAGUUUCAACACUAUUUGCAAUGGAGCUCAAGAGCGGCAAGAUGCAACUCACAAAUUGGCUGACGACGAGGAACUGGAUCUAAUCCUCGUCGUUGGCGGAUGGAACUCUAGCAACACAUUGUCCCUUCAGGUGAUCGAUCGCCCAGGAGCGUGGAAUUCCUUCAUUUUGGAUUGA